CAAAAUAAAUAAAUUUUUCAUUCGAAAUGGAUAACUUUUAUUAUUUCAAGGAUCAAACGGAAGCUGCUGCAGGAAAAAAUGGUCCAUUUUUGUUGGAUGAAUCCACCAGUCAAAACUCCGAGACUCCUUGUUUAUUGUGUGAAGACACAUUCAAUGUGAAAGAGGGCCUACCUAUUUUUGUGAGGCACCUCUUCGAAGUUCACAGUAUAGUUAUCGAAGAAGUACAGAACAUAUUUUACCUGACAGAGUACAUUCAAUUUUGGAGGAGCAAGUUCAAAUGUAGAGCCAUGGAGGAAAUAAUUCCAUCUGUCAGUUUUGACUCUACCGAUAAAAAAUACUAUUUUCUCUCAUCCUUGAUCAAAGACGAUAAGGAGUUGAGGCACCAAUUGAGAUUAAAUUAUUUACUCAAAGUUCAAGAAUUUGAAAGGACAGAUGAAAAAUAUAUGAAGUCUUGUUUAUAUUGCAAAUUAGAGUUUGAAGGAAAAAGGCAGGAUUUUCUUACACACCUGUCUACUAAGCACAAUUUACAAUUGGGAAACCCCCAUAAUUUGGUGUUUAUCGAAGAAUUAAUUGAAAUAAUCGAGAAAAAAUUCAAUGAUCUUAUAUGUUUAUAUUGUGAGAAGAAAUUUCCCGAACGUCACACAUUGAAAGAGCAUAUGAGGAAAAAACUGCAUAAAAGGAUAAAUCAUGAGAACAAAGAGUAUGAUAAAUUUUUCAUGGUCAAUUAUCUGGAAGACGGAAAAGACUGGCACGAUAUAAAAAAGGAAAACGAUAAAUUCGCUGUAACCGUAGGCGAACAGGCUAAUUCAGACGAAGAAUAUUCCGAUUGGCAAGAAGAAGAAGGCCAGAUAACCUGUCUUUUCUGUCAACACAAAGAGAUCGGCAUAAAUAAACAUUGUGAACACAUGAAAACCACCCACGAUUUUGAUUUUGAAGAAUCGACCAAAUCUUUCACUUUCUUCCAAAAGAUACAGUUGAUCAAUUAUAUAAGAAGGCAGAUGGUUGGUCACAAAUGUAUAUGUUGCGAUGCACAUUUCGAAGGAUUAGAACAACUGAGGCGGCAUAUGAGGGACGAAGAUCAUUUCAAAAUUCCGGAUAUGGAAGUAUUUGAACGUUCUGAGUUUUUAUUUCCUACUCAUGAGGAGGAUGCUUUUCUCUACUUGGUUGAAGAUGAAGAUAAUGAUGAAUGAUGUUUUCGUCGUUACUAAAAAUGUAUUACUAAUUUAUGUCUGAUCGAAUAUAAUUAAGAAAAUCAAACACAAUAUCUGUAAAAAUCGGUUUAUUCAAGUAGAAUAAAAAAUUAUUCAUGGAGAAACACCUCCAAAUCAUCUGGGAAA